AUGUCUGGCGUCACUUUGACUCGAACGUCAGCUGUCGUAGCAAUUCCGGUCAGGAAACGGGUCGACAUGCUGUCAGGAAGCAUGUUUCGUGCCUUAAUGGCUGCCGUGGUGAUCGCAUCAUGCCUGCUGCUCCCAGCCGUCGCUAUCGGCGAUGCCGCGACGACCAGCUCUGGCGACGACGACGGCGACGGCGACAUCAGCGCCUCUCGCCACGCUUCGCGCGGCGAUGGGGCGACGGCGCGCACCAUGGAUUACAUAUCGGACGACCCCUCGGCUGCUAACUUCCCUGGCCCGCCGCGCGUGUCCGUUAACUCGUGCGCGCGCCCGUGCAAGGUGCCGAACCCGCCAAUCAUCAUCAACGUGGGGUUCGAGCGCGACAUCCUCCGCCGCGCCACGCUCCCCAACGACACGCUCGUGACCAUGCUGCUGUGGAGCAACGUGCGCCUGACACGUGGCCUGGUGUUUGGAGCCAACUUCUCGUGCACCAUUUUCAACUCCACGCGCCCGGGCAGGCUCACCAUCUCCCUGCCCAACACUGCCACGCCAGUGUUGGAGCUGUUCAACACGCACAACAUACUCGUGCACGGCAUCAACUUCCAAAUCCCUGUGAAGGACUCUGACACCACCAUCUGCCGCUUCCCAAACAUCGACCAGGUGCGAGACGUCUACAUCGGCCGCUACUCCUGCCCGGCCAUCUUCCUCUUCCGCGUCUUCGCCGUGCAAGUCACACAGGGAACCGUGUACGGACGCAUUGACGUCAUGCGUGCGGCGUAUUCCCGCAUUGACAACAUGCGGGUCACCGUGAAUCCUGCCAACUGGCCAGCAGCCAUCCGUGUGUCGUACUCUGGGCAUGGGCCCACGCUGCAGCGCUCCAAUGUGUGGAUUACAAACAACGAGCUGUUUUCCGGAGGGGAGGGGCGGGAGCAGGCGCAGCGAGCACGUGUGGGGAUCAUGAUUUUGUGGGGCGGGAUAGGGGUUAACGUGAUGAAUAACCGCCUGCACGACUUCACCCUCGCGGGGAUCCAGAUGGGCCAUGGCAUGAACAACGUGGGCGAUGCCAUGCUUACCAAAGUGGCUUACAAUGAGAUUCGGCAUGACUUUGGCGAGACAGGGGCAAACACGCGGCUGGACAACAGCGGGAUCUACUUUGACACGCACUGGGUGAACCCGGGGAAUUACCUGCGGUGCAACUAUGUGUACCGUGGCGGGCACUGCCUGUACAUUGACUGGGUGUCCAGUGGGGUCAUCUCGGACGGGCUUGUGUGCGACCAGACGGCUGAUGGGCUCAAGCUCAACUCCGGAAAGAACAACAUGAUUCUGGGCAUGGUGAUGAUCAACACAACACAGUUCUCAGUGGGGUACAUCUCGUGCCAGAACAACCACCUCAACAACUGCGACAACUAUGCCGGCCCAAACUGGAACCGCCUCCUCAAAACCUACUUUCAGACGCCAGAGAUCCGAUGGAAUUAUCCGUAUCUGACCAACUUCUGUGGGAAGAACCGCAUCAAUGGCAUCGACUGCAACAACGGCACAGAUGCUGCUCACAGCCGUGCAGUCACCUCAGGCUGCAGCGGUCUGCCCACUGAAAACUACGCAGAGCUCGUUUCAGCCACCCCGUCAGGCUCUCCUAAAUAUGUGAUUUACAUGCCUAACUGCGCGCCUUUCCCCUCCGUGCCUGCGCUCAAUCGCAUGCGUUAUUUCGCCACGAGUAUUGACAAGGCAGGGUUCAGGGACCCUAAGAUUGGGGAUUAUGGGCUGAGGAGCAACUCUGAGAUUCUUGCAAUGACGAAGGUGUAUCAGGCUUGGAAAGGCAGUAACAAUUUCUUCUGUUGGGGUCGCUGCAUAUUCGGUCCGGACGUGCGGUCGCUCUUCAUAUCCAUCGCCCUUAUAUCCAUACCGGGGACGCUGUUCUGCAUAUUCGUUGGCGCUCAGUUCAUUAAUAAAAUCCCGGGUGGCAUCGCGAUACUAAUAGUCGGAAUAUGCCUCGUAGUGUGGGAUCUAUGCGUGCUGCUAUUCACAUCCAGCCGCGAUCCGGGCAUAGUCCCGCGCAACACGCAGCCCCCCGAGCCCGACGGUGACGUGGAGGCGCCGCGGCCGUCGGGGGGGCGGCGGCUGCCGCGGACUAAGGACGUGGUGAUUAAGGGCAAGACGGUGAAGGUCAAAUACUGCGACACGUGCAUGCUGUACCGCCCGCCGCGGUGUUCGCACUGCAGCAUCUGCAACAACUGCGUGGAGAGAUUUGACCACCACUGCCCGUGGGUGGGCCAGUGCAUUGGCAAGCGCAACUACCGCUUCUUCUUCCUCUUCGUGUGCUCCACCACGGCGCUCUGCAUCUACGUCUUCUCACUCUCCGCCUACCUCAUCAAGGUGUUGAUGGACAAUGCGUACGAGCCAGGCGGAGAGACGCGCACGGUGUGGCAGGCGCUGGGGCAGGCGCCCAUGGCAGCGGUGCUCAUGGCGUACACGUUCCUCGCCGUGUGGUUCGUGGGGGGCCUCUCGGCCUUCCACCUCUACCUCAUGUCCACCAACCAGACGACUUAUGAGAACUUCCGGUACCGCUACGACAAGAAGGUGAACCCCAACAACCGAGGCAUUGUGCGCAACGUGUACGAGGCGCUGUGCUCGCCCAUCCCGCCCUCCCGCAACCACUUCCGCGCAGAAAUCCCCGACCCCUCCGCCCCACAGCCCCCCGCCGUCCCCUCCGACCCCCAACAGCCCGAGCUCUCUGCUGCCAUCCCUGCGCGGCGCCACAGCAAGGGGUCUAGGCCUGGGUCUAGAGGGUCGUCUGGGGGUAGGUCUCCCGCGCAGCGGGGGGGGAAAUCGCCUGCGCAGAGGGAGUAUGACUUGGUGGAGGUGACGAAAUUGAGGGAGGACGAGGGCGGGCACAUGGCGGAUCAGUUCGUGGAGGCGGGCGGCGUGAUGCCGGCCGGGGCGGGUGUUGCUCGGUCGGGGUCGAGGGAUGGGUCGGGGAGGGAGGGCGGGGGGAGUGGGCGGAAAGGAGGGAAGAAGAAGUCGCACAGUGGGAAGCUGAGGGAGAGGGGGGAGGGGCGGAAGGGGAAGCAUAGAGUUACAGGAGAGGGGGAUGGGGCGGGGGAGGGAGCGGAGGGCGUGGUGGAGGCAGGGGAUGUGGUGGGAGGAGGAGUGGGCAUGGGGCAGGUGGCAGUGGAGAUGCAAGGGCAGGAGUACGUGCAGAAGAGAUACAGCCCUGUGCCUGACGUUCCUAGAGACGGGCUCUAG